AACCUGCCCCUGGGCUUCUGGCUGCCUCAGGCCUGGGUGAGUCCUACUGAGGAAGUCUUCUAGGAGACUGGGGCUAGGAAAAGGGCUCCUGCUGGGGGUCCUUACUGACUCUCUGUCCCCGGGCUCCCAAAUAUGGCCCGGCCCCCACCUCUGGGCCCUAGAUCUCCCUCAGAGCCCUUCAGUCACCCCCCCGGAGCCCCUAGGGAACUGGACGCUACUGGAGACGCAAUUUGCAUUGCAUCUGGAGAGGAGAGCAUCAGGUCAGAACAGGCCCAGAAGCUGGGGCAGGACUCCUUGGACCCUCCAGAGCAGUUCUGGAGUGGGCCGAGGGGCCCAGUGCCUGUUGCUGACCUCCCCAGGUUGCCAGCGCCCUCUUCUCUUGAGGAGUCAGCUGGAGCCAAACACCUAGAGCACCCCAUCUCUGGCCGGGAGGUAUUGGAGGCUGAGCAGGACAGUCUGCAUCUUUGUCUUCUGGGGCUGAGCCUCUGGCUGCAGGACUUGGAGCGAGGCCUGGGGCCCUGUGUGUCAGCCCAGAGCAGGAUGGUCCAGCUGCAGGCGCUACAGGCAGACCUACGUGGGGCAGCUGAGCGUUUAGAUGCACUGCUGGUGUUCGGUGAGGGGCUGGCGCAGCGCAGUGAGCCUCAGGCCCGGGCAGCCCUGGAGCAGGUCCUGAGGGACUUCAGAGCCCACCAAAACAGCAUCUUCCAUCAGUUGUGGCGGCCGCAGGCCCAGCUGGUCAGCACCAGCCUGGUAUGGCCCACCCUGGCGGUCCCUGGCGCGGGUGCCAGUCUCAACCCUCAUGACCUGUCCUCUGAGCAGGUGUUGGAGGAGGCCAGCACACUGGAACAGGACUUGGAGUUCGAGGGGGACUCAGAUGGGCCGGGCCCUGGUGGGGUCUGGGGGCCCUGGGCACCCAGUAGCCUCCCCACACCAGCAGAGUUGGAAUGGGACCCGGCGGGGGACGUUGGGGACCUUGAGCCUUUGGGGCGAAGGACAGCCCGGAUGCCAGGGGCUCCGUGUGAGUUGUGUGGCCACAGGGGCCCCCAGAGCAGAGGACAAAGUCUGGAGGUGAGAGCACGUGGGGUGACCUCCUCCCCCAAAGCAACCAUGGGACCCUCUGUGUGUCUCCUCGCAGGGUCCUUGCCUUUCGAGAAGGCCUUCGAACCUCUGGCUCUGUCUUUCUCAGUGUCUCUUUCUCUUUUGGUGUCUUGGUGUUCUCCUUCCGGGUCUCUCUGUUGUAUCUACAUUCCCUCAUUUCCUCUUACUCUCCCCCUCACUCACCCCACCACAACCACACUACCCUCCUGGCUCUUCAGACAUUUCAAAUACACUCCCAUCUCCAAACCCCCAGCUCACCUCCUCCUUCACUCCAGUCUCUCCUCAAAUAUCACCCCUUCAGAGAGACCUGCCUCAGAACAUUAUCACUCCUUAUCCUCUUGCUUGGGCUUCCCUGGUGGUUCAGCUGGUAUAUAAUUCGCCUGCAAUGUAGGAGACCCCGGUUUGAUUCCUGGGUCAGGAAGAUCCACUGGAGAAGGGAUAGGCUUACCCACUCCAGUAUUCUUGGGCUUCCCUGGUGGCUCAGUUGGUAAAGAAUCUGCCUACAUUGUGGGAGACCUGGGUUUGAUCCCUGGGUUGGGAAGAUUCCCUGGAGAAGGGAGUGGCUACCCACUCCAGUAUUCUAGUAUUCUGGCCUGGAGAAUUCCAUAGACUGUGUAGUCCAUGGGGUCACAAAGAGUUGGACAUGACUGAGCGAAAAGUUAGCACCUAACAGUACUUACCACAUCUUGACAUUAUAUAUUUAUUAAAUUACAAUCGCUCUCUCCUGCUAGAAUAUAAACUCCAUGUAUGCCAGCAUUUUGCCUGCUUCUAUGCCCACUGUGUCCUCAACUCCUAGAACAGUACCUGGAGUGUAACAGACUCUCAUUAAAUAUUUGUUGAGUGAAUGAAUAAAUAAUGUCUCUCUUCUCGGGGUUUUUUUUGUUGUUGUUGUUUUGGGGCUCUGGCCCUCUCUUCAUCUCUCCCUGAGAUCUCGCUCUUCCCCCAGAAUCUCAUCUA